UUUUUCUCUUCCUUCCGAAUUUCAUCUCAAUUUCGAUUUCCUCUUUGCAUUUCUUCUUCGAAAGUUGAUAUUUGCUUGCAAGAUUUUGGGGAUUGAUUGAAAUAAUCCUAUUGUGAUCGAUGAGGCCGAUACGACUGCCGGAGCCACCGAGCCCUACUAUGGUUAAGGCAGAUAUAUUUGAAGGCGGGGUUUAUGGCGUUAUUAGGCGGGCGAUUGUCAUCGGUAAUGGGUCUUCCGGUUCUGAGAAUCAGUGUAUCGGUUUGGUUCAGGCGCUUGGCCUGGCUGACAAGCAUGUGCUCUAUCGAGUUUCGAGGCCUAGAGGAGGAAUAAAUGAAUGGCUCCACUGGCUUCCCGUUUCUCUUCACAAACGAUUAGAUUAUAUCAUGAUCCAGAUAGGUGUUUACACUCGGAUUUUGUUGCGAUCCAAAAGGACAAAACUUGUGCCUCUAUCUUCAGAAAAUGGUGGAAGCAUGGGCUUGUCAUGCAUUCUAGAAGCUGACUUGAAGCAUAUUGUAUCGAUGGCUAAGGAGACUUAUGAAAAGGAUGGACCUUUAUUGGUGGUUGCAUCUGGUAGGGAUACCAUAACUAUUGCAAGUUCCAUCAGACGCAUGGCAAAAGAGAAUGUUUUUGUGGUGCAAAUUCAACAUCCAAGGUUGCAUUUGAAUCGGUUUGAUAUGGUCAUCACCCCUCAUCAUGAUUAUUAUCCUUUAACUCCUCAAGCACAAGAGCAAGUUCCUCGAUUUAUAAGGAAGUGGAUAACUCCACGCGAACCUCCAGAUCAGCAUGUGGUCUUGACUGUUGGAGCCCUGCAUCGGAUUGAUUUUGCUACAUUACGUAGUGCAGCUAGUGCAUGGCAUGAUGCAUUUGCUCCUCUUCCAAAACCCUUAUUGGUGGUCAAUAUUGGAGGGCCUACAAGUAGCUGUCGAUAUGGUGUGGAUCUUGCAAAGCAGCUGGUAACCGGUUUGUUGAGUGUUCUUGCAAGCUGUGAAAGCGUCAGAAUAUCCUUCUCAGACAGAACUCCUGAGAAGGUAUAUAACGUUGUUGUGAAAGAACUUGGGGAUAAUCCAAAAGUUUACAUCUGGGACGGACAAGAGCCAAAUCCACACUUGGGCCACUUAGCUUGGGCAGAUGCAUUUGUUGUAACCGCAGAUUCGGUUAGCAUGAUAAGUGAGGUUUGCAGUACUGGGAAGCCUGUCUAUGUCAUUGGAACUGAGCGCUGUAAGUGGAAGUAUUCAGCGUUCCACAAAUCUUUGAAGGAGAGAGGAGUCAUCCGCCCAUUCACAGGCACUGAAGAUAUCUCGGAGAGCUGGAGUUACCCUCCGCUGAACGACACAGCAGAAGCAGCUACUCGGGUGCGGGAGGAAUUAGCCAAGCGCGGCUGGAGAAUACGACCAUAGGGGAAGUCUGUGGAUAUGUUUUACACACACUGCUUCAUUUGUCAUAAAAAAUGGUACCCCUUCACCUCUUGAGCAUUACUUUUGUACAAUGGUGCACAUAGGAACAGAGAAUUACAAGCAUUAAUGGUUUCAAAUCCAGUUCUUGGACAAAACUUGAGAUAAGAAUAAUGAAGCUAGCAGCUGUUUGUUAGUGCGGCUUGUAUCAUAUGCAGAGAGGCUUUGGCUUGCUCUUUUCCACAGAUCUGGCAGCUCUUAGAUUUUGAUCAGGAAAAUUUUUAUACCGUACGGUGAAAUAUGUGUUUAUUGUAAAUUGGGUUAAUUGUAUUUGAUUAAAAUAAGCAGAAUGUUAAAUGGUUUUGUUAGUAGCUACCAUUGGAACAAACAAAUAUGAAACUGACCUUGGUUUAGUGGAAAUUAGUUACAUCUGUGUAUAAAUCAUUGGUUUAGUGGCCCAUGCUUUACUAA